GUUCACCAUACGCGGAGAACCGUGCGCUACCACGGCUGCAAACACUAUAUCAUAUAUGCCACGUCGUGUUGUUUGUGAAGGGCGGGAGGAGCAUGUUGAGGAGGUGUCACAGAACAGCUGCAGAGGGAUCGGCUUGAAGGUGCUCUUCCUGGCUCAUCGUUCAGAUGAGAUUCAGCGGUAAAUAAUGAUCAUUCAUCUCCAGUGAAGGCAGCCGAACAGUCCCGGUAGUCUAUCGCUUCACAGUUUAAAAAAUUCACUAGAGACACAAAUUGUGGACCCUCCUGCUCUUCACCAUCAGCAUGCGGUGACUGGGGUCUGAAGACCCAGUGUGUCCGGCAGCAGCAGGCAGCUUAGAUGAAGGAUGAAGAGCCCAGUGCACAGAUACAGGGACGUAGAGCAUGGGCGUGGGCAUGCCGGGGAUAGGGCAGGAGUAAACUGCCUACAGGCUGAGCAGCGCAUCCCCAUUUCCAAAGAUGUUAUCACUUCCUCCUCUGCCUCUGCCAUGUGGUUCAUCUGGGAUGCCUGCGGCAUUGUGUGCGCGGUCAUCACCUGGCUGCUGGUGUUGUAUGCCGAGUUUGUGGUGCUGUUUGUAAUGCUGCUUCCCUCCAAGAGUCUGACUUACUGCAUUAUGAAUGGGACCUUGUUCAACACACUGGCCUUCCUUGCCCUGGCCUCACACCUCAGGGCCAUGUGCACUGACCCUGGGGCCGUACCUAAAGGGAAUGCUACUAAGGAAUACAUAGAAAGCCUUCAGUUGAAACCAGGUCAGGUGGUCUACAAAUGUCCAAAGUGCAGCAGCAUCAAGCCUGACCGUGCACACCACUGCAGUGUUUGCAAACGCUGUAUACGGAAGAUGGACCAUCACUGCCCCUGGGUCAAUAACUGUGUUGGGAAGAACAACCAAAAGUACUUUGUGCUUUUCACAAUGUAUAUUGCACUCAUCUCUCUCCAUGCUCUGGUCAUGGUGGUCUUCCAUUUCCUCUAUUGCUUUGAAGAUGAUUGGACAAAGUGCAGUUCCUUCUCUCCCCCUGCAACAGUCAUCCUCCUCAUACUCUUGUGCUUUGAGGGUCUCCUAUUCCUCAUCUUCACCUCUGUGAUGUUCGGCACCCAAGUCCAUUCCAUCUGUACCGAUGAGACCGGUAUAGAGCAGUUGAAAAAGGAAGAGAGAAGAUGGGCUAAAAAAACUAAAUGGAUGAACAUGAGGGCGGUGUUCGGACACCCUUUCUCCUUAUUGUGGUUUAGUCCCUUCUCCACCCCUGACCAUGGGAAGGCUGAGACAUACCAGUAUGUGGUGUGAGAGCUCAGCGCAGGGAACAGGGCAGCUGGGUCGGAAACAAAUUGGGAUGCCCGGUCCAACCCCACAGAGCAGACGUUUGCCAUUUUGUUGCUCCCAAUGCUGAACACGAUUUACACUCUGUAUCAUGGACAGCUUCUCAUCUCUUUUCAUGUUGCCAAACCAAGUGCGCUAUACAUUCAAUUUUGUGAUGAGUCGCAGAGAAAAGGAAACUUUCAGUUUGUGUAUCCUGUUUCAAACUAUGAUGAAUCUGUUUUUGUCUGACCUUCUCUGUGUUGUAUCAGAAGCCCAUUUUCUCACUGUGUCUUGUCUUGUUUUUCCUUAAAGGGGACAUAUUGUGCCCAUUUUACCACAGUCGAUAUGGUUCCUUGGGGUCUUAAUGAAAUGUCUGUAACAUAUUUUGGUCAAAAUACCACAAGGAUCAUUUAAAACAGCACCCUUUUUACCCUGUCUAAAACAGCCCUCCUCAGAUUGACAUGUUUUGAGGUGGGGGUGAAGGGGCUUCCGUAUGCCUCCCUCCUCACUGGCCAUGUAAGGGACUCCCAUUGGGCCUGUGACGAGGGAGGCACACGGAAGCUUAUUCGCAGUCACUCAAGCAUGACGUUUCUGACAUAGAGAAACCAUAACAAAUCGCGGGAGUUGUUUUUUUUCCAGAGUUUUUGGGACGGUAGACAUGCCAGAUACCCAAAUAAAUUUUCAUAAUGUGUCCCCUUUAAGAUUUUAUUUCAGCUAAUUUACGAGAAGUCAUUUAACCACCUUUCCCUAUUGAUUUCUUGUCACUCAAAUAGUUUGAGAUUUAGGUACUGAAGUUUUAAGACAUGGAAUGACAUUUCUACUGCCAUCCCAGUACAAUAGAAAAAAAAAUUCCUGAGGGUUGCAACGAAUCUUUUUUAAAUUUUUUUAUUAUACCCAAAUGUAUCAAAUUUACUCCCACAGGAGAAAAAUAGAACAAACAGGACAUUGCUUCUGGCAAUACAUACAAUAAAGCUUUUUUUUUUCGAGUUUAGAAACAUUGCAAACUAUAUACAACUCAAGGUAAAUGGUAAAGAAUUUCUAAUUUUGGUGAAUUUUUCAAAGCAACAAUCAAAUGCAACAAUUUUACCAUACAAAAACAGCUUGAACAUCAUCUUGAUGUUGUGCCUCUCUCGUUUUCACUCUGGUCCUCUUCAGAAAUGUUAUCAACAUCUGAUCUGAUCAUAAGAGUUAAGCGCAGGUCUGAACACACCCAAAUGCGUCCUGAGAUCUGAUCACUCAAGCCAAAUCCGGAGAUGGUCCGGGAAGCAUGUGAUCAGAUUUUUGCUAAGUGAAUGCAAAUGCAAUCUGGGCCCGAAAGGAAGGGCUGCAUACUCAUCUUACCUACCAUAGUUUCACAAUGAAUUAAACAUUUAAUAAAGAAUCUAACAUGUUUACACAUCUCAGUGCCCAUAUUUUGUUGGUAGCCACAGCACAAAUAUCAACCCUUUUCACAACAUAAUGAUUGGUGUUUUCCUUAAAUUGA